CCAUCCUCUCCUCCUACCUACAAACCAACCAACCAACCAAGCAUCGAUAUCGCAGCAGCAAUGGCGGUGCAGCAGCAGCGCACGGUGGCGCUCUUCUUGGCCGUCGCCCUUGUGGCGGGGCCAGCCGUCUCCUACGCCGCCGAUGCCGGCUACGCCCCCGCUACCCCGGCCCCCGCUACCCCGGCCCCCGCCACCCCUGCCCCCGCCUCCCCUGCCCCCGCCACCCCUUCCGGCGGCUACGCCCCUAAAGGGCCAGCUGGGACGCAGCCCAAGGCGACGACCGAGGAGCAGAAUGUGAUGGAGCAGGUGAACAACGCCUUCAAGGCGGCCGUGGCGGCCGCCGCCGUCGUCCCUGGGCCGGACAAGUACAAGAAGUUCACCGACACCUACAUCCCGGACGUGGAGAGGGCUAUAGCGGACGUCUUCAAGGGGUCCAACGCCUCAACUUUCACCACCAAGAUCGGCAUGGCCCAGAAGCUCGCCUACGACUCCGCCGACGGCGCCACCCCCGAGGCCAAGUACGACUCCUUCAUCGCCAUCCUCAGCGAGUCCCUCCGCAUCAUCGCCGGCACCCUCGAGAUCCACGGCGUCAAGCCCGCUGCCGAGGAGGUCAAGGGCCCCAUCCCCGUCGCCGAGAUGAAGGCCGUCGACCAGAUCGACAGCGCCUUCAGGAUUGCCGCCACCGCCGCCGACGCUGCCCCCGUCAACGACAAGUUCACCGUCUUCGAGUCCGCCUUCGACAAGGCCAUCAAGGAGACCACUGGCGGCGCAUACGCGGGCUACAAGUUCGUCCCCGCCCUCGAGUCCGCCGUCAAGAAGGCCUACGCCGCCACCGUUGCCGAGGCGCCCGAGGUCAAGUUCACCGUCUUUGAGGCCGCCCUCACCAGGACCAUCGCCGCCAUGUGCGUCGCAGCCAAGGGCGCCGCCGGCGCCACCAACGGAACUGAUGCUGCCGGUGGCUACAAAGCUCCCGCCGCAGAAGCAGCAACCGCCACUCCCACUCCCGCCGCCGAAGCAGCAGCAGCAACCACCGCUCCCACUCCCACUCCCGCCGCCGCUGCCGGUGGCUACAAAGUCUGAGCUCACCGUACCUACUACGUACACUAGUGCACGUACGUAUGCAUAUACGUGACGUGACUGUGGCGGCCCGCGAUUGUGAUCGAUAAUCAUCAAUUCUUGCGUCCAUGCAUGCAUGGCUUAUUAAUUAAUUAUUAAUUACGUACAGUAAUUUGUUUCGGAGAGAGACAUCGAUAAUCAUCUGUAAAGCAUAUAUAUGGAUGAGAUAUAUAUUCAUCCAUCUGUAAAACAUUCUUUAUAUAUAAUAUACACGAGCUCAUAAUUAUUCCGUUUA